AUGCUGUCUUCGUUUGUUCUCGCAGCGCUUGCCGCUUCCUUUUCCUUCGUUUCUGCUGCGAAUGACACCGUCUGCGCUACCGGCCAUUAUGCCUCCUUGGGCUGCCUUACGAGCAACCGCGGUGCUGCGUCGCUGUGUUCGAAGGCUCCGCACCCGACCAUUACAAUUACCUCUACGACAACAACGCUUGAUGUCGACUCGAUAACCCUCACCAAACAUGCACAAUCUCAAGUCACUGUCCAAUCGACAGAGACGGAGAUGGCUACGACGACCAUUACUCGCGGCCCGGUCAAACUGAUCACAAGCACCUCUACCAAAUACAACACUCUCAACACAACCCUAACGACCUACGUACCCACCGCACCAUCAGGAACCGCUCUCUUCCAGCCCUUCUGCCGGCCCCGCCGUGCACUCCUGGCUCUCGGCUCCCUGGAAGACGACACUCUCGCAACCGCCUGCGCCUGCCUCGGCCACCGUCUCUCCACCUCCACCUCCACCCAAUGGGUAACCGCCAAACCGGUCCCAGUCACCUCGACCGCCAUCGACGGCACGGCACCCACCACCACCAUCUUCCACAUCGUCCGCCACACGAAAACCCUCACCGUCCGCCCGGAGAAGACCAUGACCAAGCACAAAACCGCCUGCACCACCGCCACCCUCACCGAAACCUACGCCGCUCCAACCUUCACGCAAGUCUACGGGCCAAAGGCUGGAUGCGCGGACACCGCAGCUGGAAGCCCCGUAGCGCUUGACCCGAGCAUCACGAACAUGUGGAAAGCCACCGACGAGUGCAAGGCCAUUUGCCAGCAGGACGCGAAUUGCGAGUUCGUGUACGUGCAGAAGCUGUUCUCGGAGAGUAACGGGAAGCCGUACUUUGGCUGCACGAUGAACGCGCAGCAUUUGGAUGAGGAGAAGGAUCUGGAUUGCAAGCGGAAGGCUGGGGUGUAUGGCGUGGCGGUGGGGUAUGACGCGUAUGAUCGUGGGACGGAGCCGCUGUAG